GGCGGGGUCUGCGUCCGCUGCUACGGCCGCUACCUCAGCGGUGGUGCCGCAUCCCGCGUCCCGCGUGCCGGUGCCCGGCGAGGCGCGGUCCGGGCGCGGAGCAUGGCCCUGAGCGAGAAGCCCGCCGCGGGCGCACCGGAGGACGGGCCGGAGGACGGACCGGAGGACGCAGCGCUGGCCCGUGGCAGUGCCCUCGAGUCGUUCGGCGACAGCGCGGAGACGCGGGCGCUGCUCGGCCGCCUACCGGCGCUGCUCGGGGACCGCGCGGCCCGGGAGGGCGCCCUGGAGCGGUUCCGAGUAAUAAUGGACAAGUACCAGGAGCAGCCUCACCUGCUGGACCCCCACCUCGAAUGGAUGAUGAACUUGUUGUUGGGCAUCGUGCAAGACCAGACCUCCCCAGCUGACCUCGUGCAUCUGGCUUUUAAGUUUCUUUACAUCAUCACCAAGGUUCGAGGAUAUAAAACAUUUCUUCGUUUGUUUCCUCAUGAAGUAGCUGAUGUUCAGCCUGUCUUAGACAUGUUCACACAUCAGAACCCUAGAGACCAUGAAACCUGGGAGACCCGCUACAUGCUUCUCCUCUGGCUCUCCGUGGCCUGCCUGAUUCCUUUCGAUUUUUCACGCCUUGAUGGGAACCUGGUCACUCAGCCUGGGCAGACGCGAGUGUCCAUAAUGGACCGUAUCCUCCAGAUAGCAGAGUCCUACUUGGUUGUCAGUGACAAGGCCCGGGAUGCAGCUGCUGUCCUCGUGUCCAAGUUUGUCACGCGGCCUGAUGUCAAAGAGAAGAAGAUGGCAGGUUUCCUGGACUGGAGCCUGUGCACUUUGGCCCAGUCCUCCUUCCAGACCAUCGAGGGCGUCAUCGCCAUGGACGGCACGCUGCAGGCCCUGGCACAAAUAUUCAAGCAUGGAAAGCGUGAAGACUGUUUACCAUAUGCUGCCACUGUCCUCCAGCGCCUGGACGCCUGUAGGCUCCCCAACAGCAGCCAGACCCUGCUCCGGAAACUCGGGGUGAAGCUCGCACAGCGGCUGGGCCUGACCUUCCUGAAACCCCGACUGGCCCAGUGGAGGUACCAGCGUGGGUGCCGCUCCCUGGCUGCUAACCUGCAGCUCUGUGCCCAGAGUCAGAGAGAGCCCAGGACCCAGGCCGAGACUCCCGACAGCGAGGAGGGCUACGACGUCCCCGAGGAGGUGGAGAGUGUGAUAGAGCAGCUGCUGGUCGGGCUGAAGGACAAGGACACGAUUGUGCGCUGGUCUGCGGCUAAAGGAAUUGGCCGGGUGGCUGGAAGGCUCCCCCGCGAGCUGGCGGACGAUGUGCUCGGGUCAGUGCUGGACUGUUUCAGUUUUCAGGAGACGGACAACGCCUGGCAUGGAGGGUGUCUGGCGCUGGCGGAACUGGGCAGAAGAGGCCUGCUGCUCCCUUCUCGCCUCGCGGAUGUGGUGGCCGUGAUCCUCAAGGCGCUGACCUACGAGGAGAAGCGGGGCGCCUGCAGCGUGGGCACCAAUGUCAGAGACGCCGCCUGCUAUGUGUGCUGGGCCUUCGCACGAGCUUACGAGCCGCAGGAGCUGCAGCCCUUCGUGGCCGGUAUUUCCAGUGCGCUGCUCAUUGCCACCGUGUUUGACCGAAAUGUGAACUGCAGGAGAGCGGCCUCCGCUGCUUUCCAGGAGAAUGUGGGAAGACAGGGUACUUUCCCUCAUGGAAUUGACAUUUUGACCACGGCUGACUAUUUUGCUGUUGGUAACACAUCUAACUGUUUCCUGGUGAUAAGCAAGUUCAUUGCCAGCUUUCCCGAGUACACACAGCCGCUGAUAGACCACCUGGUCGCCAUGAAGGUCAACCAUUGGGAUGGGGUCAUCAGAGAGCUGUCAGCGAAGGCCCUGCAUAACCUGGUCCAGCUGGCACCUGAGUACAGCGCCACUCUUGUUUUCCCACGCCUGCUGGCGAUGACGCAGAGCGCAGACCUGCACACGCGGCAUGGGGCCGUGCUGGCCUGUGCGGAGGUUGCCCACAGCCUGCGUGGCCUGGCGGUGCGGGAGCACAGACCCGUCGCAGACUUCCUGGACGAGACAGCCGUGCACGGUCUGAAGCAGAUCCACCAGCAGUUUCAUGACCGUCACUUAUACAGGGGCCUAGGAGGAGAGCUCAUGAGACAAGCAGUGUGCGUUUUAAUAGAAAAGCUGUCCCUUUCCAAAUUGCCCUUCAGAGGGGACGCCGUGCUCGAUGGUUGGCAGUGGCUGAUAAAUGACACUCUGAGAAAUCUCCGUCUUAUGUCAAGUCAGUCCAGAGAGCAGAUCAAGGACGCGGCCAUCUCGGCCCUGGCCGCCCUCUGCAGCGAGUACUACACGAAGGAGCCCGGCCAGGUGGAGCCCGCUGGGCAGGAGAGCCUGGUAAAGCAGUACCUCGCCGAACUUCAGAGCGCAGAAGAGAUGACACGCUGUGGCUUCUCGCUGGCCUUGGGUGCCCUUCCAGGCUUCAUGCUGAAAGGCGAGCUUCAGCAGGUUCUGGCAGGUUUGAGAGCCGUUGCCCACGUCUCCCCCAAGGACGUGAGUUUUGCCGAGUCCCGGCGGGAUGCCGUGAAGGCCAUUGCUAGCGUUUGCCAGACCGUCGGUGUGAGCGCAGAAGGGACCCCAGACGAGGUCGUGUGCAGAGAGAACGUUGGCCAGGUGUACUGCACGCUGCUGGACGCGCUGAGCGACUACAGCACCGACAGCCGGGGGGACGUGGGUGCGUGGGUCCGCGAAGCCGCCAUGACCAGUCUGAUGGACCUGACGCUUCUGCUGGGAAGGGAGCAGCCAGAGCUGAUUGCGGCCUCCACCUGCGAGCAGGUCAUGUGCUGCCUGGCCCAGCAGGCAAGUGAGAAGAUCGACCGGUUCCGUGCACACGCUGCCCAUGUGUUCAUGACGCUGCUGCACGCCUCCGGCCCCGCCGGCCCCAUCGUCCCCCACGUGCCCCAUCGGGAAGAACUGGAAAAGCUCUUUCCCAGGUCGGAUGUGGCGUCUGUGAACUGGAACGCGCCAUCCCAGGCUUUCCCGCGUGUCACUCAGCUGCUGGGGCUGCCCACCUACCGCUACCACGUGCUGCUGGGGCUGGCCGUGUCCGUGGGCGGCCUGACAGAGUCCACGGUCCGGCACUCCACUCAGAGUCUGUUCGCGCACGUGAGCAGCAUGCAGAGCGACCGGCAGGCACUGGACGGCUUCGCUGGGACCCUCCUGCAGGUGUUUCAGGACAACCUCCUGAAUGACAGGGUGUCUGUGCCGCUGCUGAAGAUGGUGGACCAGAUGCUGGCCAAUGGCUGCUUCGACGCCUUCACUACAGACACAGACCACCCCUUCGGUGUGAAGCUGCUCGCGCUCUGUAAAGAAGAGAUCAGGAAAUCCAAGGACGUCCAGAAGCUGCGGUCCAGCGUGGCCGUGUUCUGUGGGCUGGUGCAGUUCCCGGGCUGCGUGAGGAGGAAGACCCUGCUGCAGCUCCUCCUGCUUCUGUGCCACCCAUUCCCCGUGAUCCGCAAGACCACUGCCAGCCAGGUGUACGAGAUGGCACUCACCUACAGUGACGUCGUGGGCGCGGACGUGCUGGACGAGGUCAUGGCCGUGCUUGGUGGCACCGCCUGGGACGCAGAGCUCUCUGUCAUCAGAGGCCAGCGAAACCGCCUGUGCGACCUCCUCGGCGUGCCCAGACCCCAGCUGAUCCCCAAGCCUGCUGCUCGCUGAGGCCGGUCCUGGGAGCUGGUCCCUCGCACCUGCCCGGCAGGGAGGAGUCAGCACAGGAAAGCUGGACGCAGCCUCGGCCGGUACGUGACGUGUGCCAAGGGACUCGGAGUUUGUCACCACGGAGGCGGCUUUUCUCACACGUGCCUGUGCUCUAGGGACCGGGGGUGUUGGUACUGCUUUUGUCUUCACUUGAACGCAAGCCCACGUUUUAUAAAAUCACAUGCUGAGCAGUC